CGCAGCAUCGAGAAACGAUCGAAAUCGCUCGCAUUCGCGGAUCAACGAAACGAAUAGGUCGGAAUAAGAACCGGUUCGUUGAUCGGUCCACCGAAGGGUUAUCCUGAAACGCGAUCGCAUCGAAAAUGAAAGUCGAAAUAGGCUCGUUAACAGAUUCGCGAAACCAACCUCGAAUCUAAUCGAGAAAUAAUGCUUCUAGGGACUAUGUCCUCGCAGAGCUACGAAAUUAAUAGAAGGAGUGUAUUACGGAAAAUAAUUUUUACGUUUCAUCGACUUUCGAUUUCGAUCGCGGUAAAGCAUAAACGCGUCCGAAGCGAAAACGAGCGGAAACGACCGCGGAAGAAAAGAGAACGGGCACGAAAGAAAGGAAAUGGAACGAAAAGGGAGAAGAAAAGGGGACCCGGAAGGGUAGCUCAUCUUCCGCGAAUCUCCCCGGGCUCCUGACACGUCCUCCGUUGCAUAACGAUUCCAUCUGUUUCGAGUAUACCUUCGAGAGACGCGACGUGAGAGCCACUGAACCAUGUACCGGUUGUUCCACUCGUGGAAUGCGGACUAGCUCGCGACGUGUACGUGUGCGUCAGCGUCCGAGUCCUAUCCGUAUUCCCUUCCACCUUCGUGCAUCAAGCUUGCACGAGGAUAUACGCAUCUUUACGAUGGACCUAAGCGAUUACUCUCGUUAUCGUUUCUCUCGUUCCUCUUGCUCUCUCGCUCUGUUCCUUUCCCCCCCUUUUUUUUCUUCUUUUUACCUUUCCAACAACACCGAUCGUUUUGAGCCAGCGUGCAAAAUACGUCCGUGAAAUCGUGGAAAAAACGUAGAAUCGUCGCGUCGAGGACCGUAUGCGCGAGUACGUUUAUAAACAAUCGAAGGAAGUCGUAGCGCAUAAAUAUGUAGCGAGUUGCUCGGUUGCAGGCUCGCUGUGGCCACUGUAUGCAAAUUCGACCUACCGGUUGUACGUAUAUUUUACGCGAGAGCGCAAGGUAUAUUUGUUUUUUUCUCGAAAGCUCCGUAACGUUUCGAGAAAGAGAAGAAGAAGAAAUAGAAGAAGAAGAGGAGGAGUAGAAUCGCAAGACAGCUGCGAUUUUUCUCGAAGCUAACCUAAUUGCAAUAUACGAAUAAAUUAAUUUAAAAGCCAUACUCUUUCCGGUCGCUUCACUCUGGUAGGAGCAAACGAAUGCGCGGUUUACCGUUAAUCGCGGCGACGACGACAACGACGAGUCAUCCAAGAAAGUUGAAGACGUAACGUCGAAACGAGGAAAAAAGAAAAGGAAAAGCGGAAAGGGAAGCGGAGAGGUGGCAUGUAUCGUUCGAAAAUGGCAGCGGAGACGCGUCGAUUGGCCUAAAGGAAAUCGAAAGAGACGCGAGAAUGGUGUUGGUGGUGAACGGGGUCCUGCAAGAGGACAUUCCAACGGAUAGUAGGUCGUUGUACGCGGCCCAUCCGGUCUAUCGUGAAACUGCGACGCAACUGCACUCGAUGCCAGCGAAAUUGGUGGGUCCAAUGGGUCUGCUGUAUGUCCAGCAACGAGAAAUGGCUGCUACUUUACCACACGACAAAAACGUGAGCAUUAUCGGCUCGGACGAUAUGACUACCUGCAUAAUCGUCGUUGUGAGGCAUUCCGGUUCGGGUGCUGCGGCGUUGGCGCAUCUCGAUGGAGCUGGCACCGAAGACGCGGCAGCGACGAUGGUCCAAAGGGUAACCGAGCUAGCUCUAGGAUUCCCGGAGGGUCGGCUGGAAUUGCAACUGGUCGGUGGCUAUUCUGAUCCUAGAAAUUAUUCCGAAGAACUAUUUUGCAAUAUUCUCGCCGCGUUUCACAAACAACCGGUAGAGAUCGACUUGACUCUCUGUUGCGUGGGCGAAUUGAACACAACCGUAAGGGGGGGUAUUCAUUGGCCGAUGAUAUUCGGGAUCGGUUUGAACGUGAAAACGGGCGAGAUCUUUCCCGCAACCUUCCCAGACAAGGGUCCCGAACAAGCUCUAAGGUGUGCCAGACAAUUGACCGGUGGUCAGCAGGUUCUGGACGUUUACGAUUGCACGCUGGGACUACUCAGAAUCGGACCGUUCAACUACGAUCCUCUCAGAGGAGUCGACCUUUGGUUAGCUCAGUCCGAUCAAUUUAUUCUGCAACACCUUUCGACUUCGCCAGAAGUGGAACUUCCGCAUUUCGUAUCACAGGUCCGGGCGACGCUCAAAUACAUACAGGACAAUCAAUUUCCGGCCGUCACCGUCUUCCGUGAUAACAGACCUCAUUAUUAUCGUCGAGACGAAACCACCGGUGUUUGGCAACCCAUCAGAUAUUAACGUUGGCUAUCGUUGCAUCGUAUGCGCGGACUCGCACGCGCAAGGAAACACGAAGGAAGGCAGUUUACGAAAUUUCCCUGGUGAUAUCGAAUCCAAAAAUAAAUUUACCAAUCGACGAAGAACCACCGUAAUAAAGUGGACGUAUCGUAAUCGGCGCAUGUCUCGCGUUUUUUAUCUUAUCGAGAACGUUGUUAGUUGAACGGUUUUUUUCAAAAUUUAUUAUUCCCCAAGCACAAGGAUACGAUAUCGCUCGAAACGAUACGCGCGACUGCGAUCCGUUACAAAAAUUCCUUUUCAAGUCGUCGCAGUCGCAAUCGUAGUCGUCGUAGUCGUCGUAGUUGUAGACGCUGCGCCGUUCUAUUAUACCCGAUAAGCCUUCUAGUUUGUGUGGUCCCGUUAUUAAGCGAUAAGAAAACCUACAAACUGCUAUUGAUUUUUCGCCGAUUCAUAAUCGUUCAAACGCGACCAACGAUCUAUUAUUAUUAUUAAUAUUAAUAUUAUUAUUAUUAUUAUUAUUAUUACUACUACUACUACUACUACUACUACUAUUAAGAGCGGUCAUUUAAUCUGACUUAUGAUUACUACCGUAAUCAGCGCUCGCGUUCACUUUUCUUUCCUUACUCCUACUUUCUUUUCUUUCUUCAGCUUACUUUUACGAGCGCGUUCACUCCAGCAGGCUAUUCCGUCGUUGUUUUGGUAAAUAUUUUCGUGAAUUUAAAUGGAAUAAUAAAUUAACAUAUUAUGACGUUCCACCAAACGAACGGAAACUAACGAAAUUAAAGUUACUGGAUAACGUUUAGUCAGCGAUGUAUAUAACGAUGCCAGAAUCGCGUAACGUUUAUCAAAACAACGAGUAUCGAUAAUCGAUGCGUUAUCAUCGAGAUCGAGAAUUUGUUACGAACAAUGAAACGAGUCAUUUAUGAAACUGCGAUUCUUUUUUUUCUUCUACUUCUCCUGUUCCUUUUUAUUCUUCUACUUGUUAUUUUUACUCCUUUUAUAUUUUUGCCCCCGUAUUUUCUGUCCUCUUGGGUAGAGUAGAGGAAUUUGCGCAACAAACAUUCCGUACUUGCCAUAAAAGAGAGUGAAGUUAACGAAACUAGCGUUGUAAAUAAGUUUGCAUUACUCGAGCGCUGCGUGAGAAAGUAGCGAGUUUCUUCGGAAAAGGAAAAAGAAACAACGACUACGUAAUAAUCCUUUCUACUUCUUUUUCCGUUUUCUUUUUUUCAUUCGUUUAACCGCUGAUAUAACUUUUAAGAACAGGACACGCGUAUUUAUGAAAGGGACUCGAUAUCCCGUAAGGAAUAUUAUCUCGCACGAGAAAGAAAUUAAUAGAAAAAUUAUGGUAUUCUCUCGCCCGUGAAGUAUGCGUGCGAGGGGAAAAUAUAGUUGGCCAUUGUCUAUUGUUCCGAUAGUGAUAUACGAAUUAACUAAAAUUAAUAUUAAUUAUAGAAACCGAAGAGAUAUAUUUUUACUAUGUUACGCGUAGACAGCGAAAAAACAUUCGUGAUUGUGACGAUGACGACGAUGACGAGAGGACAACGACGACUUUAACCGCUGCGUCGUUAACGUUGAUCACGACGAUGAUUAAGUGGGAAAGCUUUUAAAACUCGAAGAGGAGAACUUUGCGAUGACUGAUCACUGCUCACUUUUUUCCCAACUUUUUUCUCCGUUUUAUCUUUUUAUUCGGUGCCGUUUCUAAUAGUUUAUCAUUUUCAUGCCUAUAACGUUCAACUUUUUUCGAUGGCGAUGACGUUUUUACACUUUUUCGAACGUUACGAUCCUAUCUCUCUCUCUCUUUGUUCGUUCCCUCUUCCUGCUUCUUGCGACGCUUUUCCGUUCGAUCUCUUUCGUUUUCUUUUGUUACGUAAAACGAUCAUCUCGUAACAUUGUGUGGUGAUAUAUUUAUGUAAUAAACGAUAGAUUUAAACAUU